GGCGCUGUGGCAGCUUCCCUCUUCACUCGCGGUGCCACCAGCGGCAUCAGCAGCAACAUCAGCAGCGGCAUCAUCAGCAGCGGCAGCAGCAGCAGCGGCAGCAUCAGCAGCAUCAUCAGCAGCGGCAGUGGCAUCAGCGGCAGUGGCAUCAGCGGCAGCAUCAGCAGCAGCGGCGGCAGUGGCAUCACCCGCACUCCACACACUGUACCAGUGACACACACAUCACACGUGUCCGCACUGUACCAGUGACACACUGCAUGCACACACACACACACUGACACCUACACACACACACUGUGACACCUACACACACACACACUGUGACACCUACACACACACACACCGUGACCCCAACACACACACACACACACCGUGACCCCAACACACACACACACACUGUGACACACACACUGUGACACCUACACACACACACACUGUGACACCUACACACACACACACCGUGACCCCAACACACACACACACACCGUGACCCCAACACACGCACAGAGAGAGACAACGCGAUACAAGAAAGGACACCAUGGCUGACGAGGCGUUUGUGACGCUGGCGACCAACGACUCCUACGCCAAGGGGGCGCUGGUGCUGGCUCACUCGCUACGGCAGCAGGGCACCACGCGACAACUCGUCAUCCUGGUCACACCACACGUGUCGGCAGCCUACCGCUCUGCGCUGGGCGUGGCCUACGACCUGGUGCAGCCUGUGGACGUGAUGGACUCUGGCGACGCGGCCCACCUGGCCCUGAUGGAGCGCCCCGAGCUCGGGGUGACGCUCACCAAGAUCCACUGCUGGGCGCUCACCCAGUACACCAAGGCCGUCUUCAUGGACGCAGACACCCUGGCCGUGGCCCCGCUGGAUGACCUCUUUGAGCGCGAGGAGCUGUCGGCGGCUCCCGACCCCGGUUGGCCGGACUGCUUCAACUCGGGCCUCUUCGUGUUCCGCCCCUCGCUGGACACGUACGCACAGCUGCUGGAACUCGCUCGCUCCACCGGCAGCUUCGAUGGGGGUGACCAGGGCCUGCUGAACACGUUCUUCAGCGGCUGGGCCACGGAGAACAUCGACCGCCACCUCCCGUUCACCUACAACCUGAGCAUCGCGUCAGUGUACUCUUACCUGCCAGCCUACAAACGAUUUGGUGGCGAUGUCAAGGUGGUCCACUUCCUGGGUGCGGUGAAGCCCUGGCACUGCCGCUACGACUCCACGUCCGGCACCGUCUCCUCCUCCUCCUCGGACCUCACGCAGCAGCACCAGCAGCAGCAGCAGCUGCCCCACCAGCUGCCCCACCACGCCAACUUCCUGCAGCGCUGGUGGCAGCUGUUCCACGCCAGCGUGUUGCCCACGCUGCCCGCGGACGCCGCCGCUGCGGCCGUGGCGCAAGCGGCCGCCGGCGUAGAGGUUGGUGGUGACGCCGGUGGUGGCGCCGGUGAUGGCGCCGGUGGUGGCGGUGGUGUCGAUGGUGUCGGUGGUGGCGGCGGUGGCGGUGUCGGUGGUGGUUCUGCUGCUGGAGAGGUUUCGUCUCUGCAGUCGGCGCUGUCGGCGCUGGCCGUGGCUCCUGGCGCCGGCUCCUCGCAGCAGGAGCAGCAGCAGCAGCAGCAGCAGCAGGAGCACGAGGAGCGCAGGCGGAGGCAGCAGUGGGAGAGUGGACAGGCCGACUACCUGGGAGCGGACGCAUUCAAGCACAUCCAGCGCAAGCUCGACUCGCAGCUCAAGUGACGCGGCGGGGGCCAGGGUGGGGGAGGUGGGGGGGGAGGCCAUAGUGGGCCCAUAGUGGGCCCGUAGUUGGCCCUAUAGUUGGCCCUAUAGUUGGUCCUAUAGUUGGCCCUAUAGUGGGGUCAUAGUGGGGCCUACUUGGCCCUCUCGUCCAACUGGCUGACCGACCGCUCAUUUGUACACUCACUCGCUCACUCAACCAUUCACUCAACCACUCGCUCACUCACUCAACCACUCACUCAUUCAACUACUCACUCACUCAACCAUUCACUCACUCACUCUACCACUCACUCACUCAACCACUCACUCACUCAACCACUCACUCACUCAACCACUCACUCACUCAACCAUUCACUCAACUACUCACUCACUCACUCACUCUACCACUCACUCACUCAACCACUCACUCACUCAACCACUCACUCACUCAACCACUCGCUCACUCACUCAGCCACUCAUUCACUCACUCAACCACUCACUCACUCACUCAGCCACUCACUCACUCAACCACUCACCCACACGCUCACCCACCCACAUGCUCUCCCACUCUCCCAUCCACACGCUCACCCACCCACACUCACCCCCACAACCCCCUUGUGGUGCCACGUGGUACCACGCGGUGCCGCGUGGUGCCACGUGGACAUUCCACAUUCCCAUGGCGGGUGACAGUCUGUCCACGAUGCAUCCACCCACCACUGAAUGUUUACCCCGAAAUCAAGUGGUGCUGUGAAUCACGUGGUGAUGGUAGUGGUGGUGAUGGUGAUGGUGGUGAUGGUGAUGGUGGUGAUGGGCAUUAUGUUGGUGAUGGGCAUUAUGUUGGUGAAGUUGGCGAUGGUGAUUGUGGUUUUUAAUGGUAGCGAUUGUGGUGAUCAUGGUGAUGAUCUCCAUCAAGAUGAUGGCAAUGUUAAAGGUGAUAAUGAUGAUAAUGGUGGUGGUGGUUUGAACGCUGGAACCUCAACCGGACCCAUAUAGAGACCCAUAUAGAGACCCAUAUAGAGACCCAUAUAGAGACCCAUAUAGAGACCCAUAUAGAGACCCAUAUAGAGACCCAUAUAUAGACCCAUAUAGAGACCCAUAUAGAGACCCAUAUAGAGACCCAUAUAGAGACCCAUAUAGAGACCCAUAUAGAGACCCAUAUAGAGACCCAUAUAGAGACCCAUAUAGAGACCCAUAUAGAGACC